AUGACCUGCGCCUACAGACAACUUUCUGCAAGAGGAUUGAUGACUGACGAGCAAAGAUCGAACUUACGUCAUUGCAAGACUACUGCUAGCAUUAAUUUUAUUGCAUGCCUUCAGACAGAACCAUUUGAGGAAUCUGCUCCGAAAACCCGUGGUUCUAGGGCACGGGAAGCGGGACUCGAGCCAUUGACUCAUGCUCAUGGACUUUUCCAAGGCGAUGUCAGGAUUAUCUACAAAGGAUGUCGAAACCGGUAUUUUGCUCAUUGGAUCGUAGUGGAAUUGCGAGGAUAUCGACAUUUUACAAGAAGCACAAUUCUCAUCAUUUUUAAACUUCAGGAACCGACAAUUAUGCAUAUUCGAUUUACUCUUGUGCCACUACAGUCCUCGCUCACAAAUACUUCGCACGCUAUUGUUCCGAGAUCUGUAAUAUCUCGAUCAAAACCCUCUUGCACUCAUCGCGGUCGAAGCGUUUCCCCUCCCGCCUAA